GCGUUUACUCAAAUUUUCUGCUUAGAAACUACUAGUCAUUAUGAAUCCUAAAUCUUCCUGAAGUGUACUAGUUAUCAUCACGAGAAAGUAUGAGCGCCUUAUGAUAAGCGGCAUCCAAGGUUCUGCAUAUUUUUAGAUCGAGUGGGCCAGUUUUCGUAAUAUUCGCUGUGGCUUGCUAUUUGAUGGCCGCUGUCGCAUUAAGACGCCUCCAAGGCUUCCUCUCCCUUGACUAACCCACUUCGAUGGGUGAUUAGCAACUCAGCCGCACCGCAGCUUGUUUUGAUGUCUAGCCAUUGUUAGAUUCACCAAAUUACAUAUUCUCCUUCAUAUUUCAUCAAGGUUUGAUACAUAUCUCGGAGAGAGAGAGAAAAAAGAAAAUUAUUUCUUCGUUACGUCUUGCGUUCCAUUCGAGAUGGGGUCCGUCCUUGAAUCUACGGAUCUUAAGAAUAAGCUGGAGGACUUAUCUGGUGUGGUCCUGAAGCCGGGCGAAAACCCUUACAAUGCGCUGAUCGAGGCUUGUAAUGAUGAACCAACGAAAAUUCAAGAAUUGUAUGCUGCGCACCGAGUCAGGCGCAAUGCGCAACAGAGGGACAAGUUCCUCGCCUCCGACUAUAAGGAAUUGAUCAUCGAUCCAUAUCUACUACGACUAGAGAAUCCACAGAUCGAGCCAGGUUUUAAAGAUACGAGAUAUUGCAUGACUUUCUGGGGUCGUCCUCCGAUUCAUGUAUUAGAGCUUGCGGAAGUGAUUCAGAAAAAGCUUAAAGCUAUUGCGCCAAAGAUAUGGCUCAUGCCGCUCCACCGCAUGCACAUCACGACCCUCGAAAUCGCCUUCUCGCGCACGGCAGAGGAGAUCGAGGCGCUGAAGGAGACGCUCCGGCCCGCGAUCCCGGACAUCGCGAGCUUCACGCACCGCCACCGGUCGCGGCUCGUCAAGCCGAUGAUCUCGUACGACCUCUCCGCCUUCGCGCUGUCGUUCGUGCCGGCGGCGGGCGAGCCGCCGCUCUCGCCGGCGCCGACGGCGCCCGACGCCGUCGUCGACGUGCUGGCGCAAGGGGACGCGUACACGUACCACCACUUAAGAAGGGACGUGUGGGAGCGCGCGAAGGACGCGGGCGUCACGGUCACCUCGCGCUACGUCGUGCCCAGCGCGCACGUCACGCUCGGCAGGUACCUGACGGACGAGGACCACGCGACGCCGGAGCUGAGGAGGAGGUGGGUCGACGCUAUUGAUGAGAUCAAUGCUUGGUUAGAGGCCGAGGUGUGGGAUAGGCCUGGCGCGGAGCUGGUGGGCGAGUGGGUUGUGGGCCAGGAGAAGGGCUUGGAUAUUCGGGUUGGUACGCUGUGGUAUGGCGGUGGUCGAACUGUUUUGAUGGGUGAGGGAUUCUAGAGGACUGGUGUUAGAUUUCCUGCGGUCGGGUUAGAGGUCCUUCUGAGACAGACAUUGCGUAGAAGAUAUCGUAUCAUUGAGAGUACAUCUGAAGGAUAAAAGACUACACCAUAAAGCGCCCAACGGGCUCAACUAGAGCAGAUGAUGUGACCUAAGUGGCCCUGGCCGAUGAGACUGUUAAAGGAAUU